GUGAUGGCAGCUGACAGUGAUGUGAAGAUGCUUCUGAAUUUUGUAAACCUGGCGUCCAGUGACAUCAAGGCGGCCCUGGACAAGUCGGCACCCUGCCGCCGCUCUGUGGACCAUCGCAAGUACCUGCAGAAACAACUCAAGCGCUUCUCUCAGAAGUACUCUCGGCUCCCUAGGGGCCUGCCUGGCAGGGUGACAGAGCCCCACCUGCAAAGGGGGCCUGAAGAGAGGCCUGGACGGCUACCCCUCCAUCCCUGUCCCCAAUCCAGCCCCGGUGGGGGUGGGAGCUGCACAGAAAAGGCCCUGGGGACCCCCUUCAGGGAGGAGUGCCUUUCUAGGGAGCAGAGCUUCCGGGGAUUGAAUCCAGAGGCUGCUAGGCCUGGCCAGGUACCCAUGAGGAAGAGACAGCUGCCUGCUUCAUUCUGGGAGGAGCCAAGGCCCACCCUCAGCUACCCAAUGGGGCUGGAGGUGGGCCUGGGCCCCAGAGAGGCAUCUCUGUAUGAGAAUAAGAAAAAUUGCAAGGGUCUGGAGUCCCUGGGGCCUGAGACAGCACCAUUGCCCAUGUCCCCAAGGGUUCUAGCUGACGCAGAGCCACUCAAGAUGUCGGGGGUAUCCUUGGUAGGCGGUCUUGAUGCUUGGAGCUGCUGCCCUUUCCAGUGCCAUGGACAGCCCAUCUUCCCCAGUCUUCCUGGGGUCCUGCCUCAAGGCCCAGUACCCAGUCUGGGCUUGUGGAGGAAAAGCCAGGCCUCACCUGUGGAGCUGGCCCACUUCUGCAAGGAUGUGGACGUCCCAGGGCCGAAAGUGUACAGACCCGUAGUUCUGAAGCCUAUUCCGACUAAGCCAGCCGUCCCUCCUCCCAUCUUCAAUGUCUUUGGCUACCUCUAG